AUGGUACGUGGAUUUCCAGUUUCCAAACCAAACAUCCUCUCCCAGCUGGAACAAGGGGAGGAGCUGUGGGUCCCUGAUCUCCAAGGCCACGAGGAAAGGGAGAGCCCAAGCAAUGCCUACGCAGGUGAUGGGACAGCGAAUGAGAUUGAGGAGGAGAAUCCUCAGGAGGAAGGUCCGGAGCGAGUGGAACCACAGGGGACGGUAUCGGAAAGAGAAAGGAGGUGGAGUAAGUCCACUCACAGGAGCAGAGGAGUCCAGAAAGUCAAAGAAACUAUUCAACAGAGAAUUCCCAUUAGAGAGAGACCCUACAAGUGCAGUUAUUGUGGGAAAAGCUUCCAGUACAUAUCAGAACUUCUAGCACAUCAGAUAUUCCACACAGGAGAGAAACCCUAUGAAUGUCCUCACUGUGGAAAAAGUUUCAGUCAGAGCUCAGCCCUUAUUCAACAUCAGAGAAUCCACACAGGAGAGAAACCCUACAAAUGUAAUGAGUGCAGGAAAAGCUUCCGUUUGGGCUCAGACCUUCUGGCACAUCAGAGAAUCCAUACAGGAGAAAAACCCUAUGAAUGCCCUGAUUGUAGAAAAAGCUUUCGACGGCACUCAACCCUUGUUUCCCAUAAGAGAAUCCACACAGGAGAGAAACCCUACAAAUGUAAAGAGUGCGGGAAAAGCUUCCGUUUGGGCCCAGACCUUUUAGCACAUCAGAGAAUCCAUACAGGAGAGAAACCUUAUGAAUGCCCUGAUUGUAGAAAAAGCUUUCGACGGCACUCAACCCUUGUUUCCCAUAAGAGAAUCCACACAGGAGAGAAACCCUACAAAUGUAAAGAGUGCGGGAAAAGCUUCCGUUUGGGCCCAGACCUUUUAGCACAUCAGAGAAUCCAUACAGGAGAGAAACCUUAUGAAUGCCCUGAUUGUAGAAAAAGCUUUCGACGGCACUCAACCCUUGUUUCCCAUAAGAGAAUCCACACAGGAGAGAAACCCUACAAAUGUAAAGAGUGCGGGAAAAGCUUCCGUUUGGGCCCAGACCUUUUAGCACAUCAGAGAAUCCAUACAGGAGAGAAACCUUAUGAAUGCCCUGAUUGUAGAAAAAGCUUUCGACGGCACUCAACCCUUGUUUCCCAUAAGAGAAUCCACACAGGAGAGAAACCCUACAAAUGUAAAGAGUGCGGGAAAAGCUUCCGUUUGGGCCCAGACCUUUUAGCACAUCAGAGAAUCCAUACAGGAGAGAAACCUUAUGAAUGCCCUGAUUGUAGAAAAAGCUUUCGACGGCGCUCAACUCUUGUUUCCCAUAAGAGAAUCCACACAGGAGAGAAACCCUACAAAUGUAAAGAGUGCGGGAAAAGUUUCCGUUUGGGCCCAGACCUUUUAGCACAUCAGAGAAUCCAUACAGGAGAGAAACCCUAUGAAUGCCCUGACUGUGAAAAAAGCUAUCGACAGCACUCAGCCCUUGUUUGCCAUCAGAGAACCCACACAGGAGAGAAACCCUUUAAAUGCCCCCAAUGUGAGAAAAGAUUCACUAGGAAGUCACACCUUAAUCAACAUCAGAGAACCCACACGGGAGAGAAGCCCUACGAAUGCCCUGACUGCCGGAAAAGCUUCAGUCAGAGCUCAAGUCUUAUUCAACAUCAGAGAAUCCACACAGGAGAGAAACCCUAUAAGUGCCAUGACUGUGGGAAAGACUUUUGUGACAGAUCAAGCCUCCGCAGACACCAGAGGAUCCACACAGGAGAGAAACCCUAUAAGUGUCAUGACUGUGAGAAAAGCUUCCUUUGGAAAUCAGCCCUUAUUACUCACCAGAGAAUGCACACAGGAGAGAAACCGUAUAAGUGUCUAGACUGUGAGAAAAGCUUCAGCCGCAGCUCACACCUUAUUUCACAUCAGAGAACCCACACCAAGGAGAAACCAUAUAGAUGCUCUGAGUGUGGAAAAAGCUUCAAUCAGCGCUCCAACCUUAUUAGACAUCAGAGAAUCCACACCGGUGAGAAACCUUAUAGAUGCUCUGAGUGUGGAAAAAGCUUCAAUCAGCGCUCCAACCUUAUUAGACAUCAGAGAAUCCACACCGGUGAGAAACCUUAUAGAUGCUCUGAGUGUGGAAAAAGCUUCAAUCAGCAGUCCAAUCUUCUUAUACACCAGAGAAUCCACACAGGGGAACGGCCCUAUAAAUGCCCCAAGUGUGGGAAAAGCUUUGGUUACAACUCAAUCCUUAUGACACAUCAGAAAAUGCACACUGGAGAAAAGCCCUAUAAGUGUCUUGACUGUGAGAAAAUAUUUAGCCAGAGCUCAGACCUCACUAAACACCAGAGAAUCCAUAUGGGGGAGAGACCCUACAAAUGCAAUGAGUGUGGGAAAAGCUUUAGUCUGAGCUCCCACCUUAUUUCAUAUCAAAAAACCCAUAAGGGAGAGAAACCCUAUAUAUACCCCAACUGUGGGAAGAGCUUCAGUGACAGCUCAAACCUUAUUACGCAUCAAAGGAUCCACACAGGAGAGAAGCCCUACAAAUGCCCUGAGUGCAGGAAAAGCUUCGGUCGUCUCUCACACCUUAAUAGACAUUGGACAAUCCACACAGGAGAGAGAUCUUUUAAAUGCUUGGACUGUGGGAACAGCUUUCGUGACAGCUCAUCCCUCAUCAGGCAUUAGAGAAUCCACACAGAAGAGAAACCCUAGAAGAUGGAUGAAGUGAACAACAACGUGGCUAAUUCCCACGAAUAUCAGAGGGUCAGGUAAGACAGUACUGGCCAUCUAAUGAGGACAUGCAGUAGCUAUUAAAGUAGAUGAUGAAAUCACAUUCCUAGAACAGAGUCAUGCAAAGCAAGAGGCAGAGAUAAGAUUUCCAUGUUGUGAUGAGAUUUGAUUAUUACGACUCAAGAAGCUCUGAACGUCCUUUGAUCAGCUCCUGCACUGAAGUUUGUUGAUACAGACCUAGAACCAUCCUUAUCUUGUGUGCUGUGACUUUGAUUUAUUCUUGAUACUGUUUUAGUUAAUUGAUACAUUCAGGAGCAGAGAUGGACUCAGUUAGGUCAGAAAUGCAAUGAUACUUGGGCUCUGAGCACCGAGUUGGGAUGGUGGUUUAUUUGUGACGUUCUUGCUUUGACUGAAGAGGAGUGGAUCCCAGUUUCUCAAACUCUGAGACCUUUAUCAGGAGAUGUCAAGAAUGUGAAGAUGGGCCUCUAUGUAAUGAAAUGGGACCUCUGGGAAAGUCUCUUUAAAGGUUUAUUUUAUAUUUUAUAAUCUAGCCCGUAUAAUUACACUGGAGUUCUGCUUUUUAUUCCCUGUAUUGAUCAUGAAUUCAUAGAUUUAAAAUGACUAACUAGAUGACUGAACUAUUGAUUAUUACCAGUGGAGUUACAUGCUUUCACUGUUAUGGGUCUGCAGUUGUCCUUUCUGAUAUGUGUAUCCACUACAAAAGUCCUGUAAUAAGGCGAUAAAAUCCCUGAGCCAAUUACUUGUGCUUGAUCCUUCUACAUUUAGAAUCUAGGUCUA